UUGGCUUGAACAUCGUUUGCGGUUGAAUAUUGUUUUCGAAAGAAAGGCGAAGCAAAAGCUUUCAAAUUUAAACAGUAACAAAAUGAUGGCUUAUAUGGCUCCAAGACGUCGGUUGGGCUCUAUAGGAGACUCAGCUCCCCCAUCCGAAUCAUCUGAAGGUACUAAUUCAUCCGAAAAUCAUGAUAUGAUAUUGAAUUCCGAAUGGUCUCAUGGCUCACAGAAUGGUGUUACCAACCACAAUUCCAUGUUUCUUAAUUCGGAAGGAGACACCGAUACAAUUAGCACGGAUACGGCCAGCAAUACCAUGUUAUCGGACUAUGAAAGAGGACAAGUUGAAAGUUUCUUCGGUGGUUUGGGUACAGAAAUAUUUGUAAGUUCAUCUUUAGCCAAUCUAUAUGAGGGUACUGGCAAAGACAACGACUGGCAUUUGGUAUUCACUGGUAUACCGGUUGUAUUGUAUGAUCGUGGCAGUGCUCGGGCAAGAUCCAUACCCCGAGUAACCUUAGUCUUGGCUGAGCGUGGUUCGUGUUUUGCUUUAUGGUCGGAUCGCAUAGAUAACUUGUCCAACUAUCGUGUGGCCGGUCCCUCAUUCCAUACCAUGUGCUUAUCCAGCAACCACCAACAAAUGAUUGGUUUUAGUUUUGACUCCACAGAAUCGGCUCGAGAACUUUGGCAGCAUAUGGAACGAUUGGUAAGCGAUCCCGAAAAUAUUGCGCUCUCCAUGGCCGGACGAAAGAAACAUAAGCAAAAACGCUCUAAACCAGCACCUUUGCCACCGAAAGCACAAAUUUCUCAUCCAUGUCAAUUUCAUCAUGUCACCAGUGUGACCAAAGAUGAUACGGAACGAUACUAUAGUAUGCAGGCAUUUGCCGCCAUGAGUCAACGUUAAAUUAAAU